AGAACUCUAGAAACAUGAAUAACAGAGAAGACUGUGGCAGAAGAAGGGGCACUACCACCACCACUAUUACCAGUGUUCUGUAAACUGGAAGACCCUGCAGCAUUUCCUGGCAUCACCUCCCAUACAUUACAGAGUCUUCUCCUCUCAGCAGCUGCAGCAGAUUGCACACAUUUUUGCACUGCAUUGUCCAUAUAUCCUUUGUGUAGGAAUUUCUAUGGAUACAUAAGGAAUAGUACAGCUUGCCCAUGGAACUUGUCCUCCCCUAUGUAAUGACCACCUCUAGCUGAAUGCACCAGGACUGUAAGUUUUUUGUCAUUUUUUGUCUCCUGUUGACAGACUCACACCAUGAAUAUCUCAAUACAGAAUGAUUCAGUCUUUAAUUCCACAAAUGGCACUGAAAAUGCCAUUAACCCCUUCCUCCAGCCACCCUGGCAAAUAGCCCUUUGGGCUGUGGCAUAUUCCAUCAUAGUCAUAAUCUCUGUGGUUGGGAAUAUCAUUGUCAUGUGGAUCAUCUUAGCCCACAAAAGAAUGAGGACUGUCACCAACUAUUUCUUGGUAAACUUAGCUUUUGCUGAAGCCUCUAUGUCAGCCUUCAACACUGUGGUGAACUUCACCUAUGCCAUCCAUAACCACUGGUACUAUGGACUGAUCUACUGCAAAUUCCAUAACUUCUUCCCUAUAUCCGCUGUGUUCACCAGUAUAUACUCCAUGACAGCUAUAGCUCUGGACAGGUAUAUGGCUAUUAUCCAUCCACUCAAGCCAAGACUUUCUGCUACCGCAACUAAAAUAGUCAUCUGUGUUAUCUGGGGUUUCUCCUUUUGUAUGGCCUUUCCGCUGGGCUAUUACGCAGAUGUGGACUUUAUGCAGGGCCGGGACGUGUGCUACUUGGACUGGCCAGGUUAUGAGCUGAAUCGGAAGUAUGAAAAAAUGUACCAGGUUUCUGUUUUUUGCCUCAUCUACGUGCUGCCUCUGCUGGUAAUAGGUUGUGCCUACACCUUCAUUGGUAUGACCCUUUGGGCCAGUGAGAUCCCAGGAGAUUCAUCAGACCGAUACCACGAGCAGGUGGUAGCAAAACGCAAGGUGGUGAAGAUGAUGAUCGUAGUGGUUUGCACAUUUGCGGUUUGCUGGCUGCCGUAUCAUAUCUACUUCCUGCUACAGACCCUCAGCCAUACAAAUCAGAAGUUCUACCAGCAACUUUACCUGGCCAUUAUGUGGCUUGCGAUGAGCUCCACCAUGUACAACCCCAUCAUUUAUUGUUGUCUGAAUGACAGGUUCCGUAUAGGCUUUAAGCAUGUUUUUCGAUGGUGCCCGUUCAUCCGUGCGGGUGAGUAUGAGGGUCUGGAAAUGAAAUCUACGCGCUACCUUCAAACUCAGAGCAGCAUGUACAAAAUCAGUCGUAUUGAAACCACCGUGUCAUCCGUCCUAAGUGCCAACGACGAGGAAGCAGAAGAUAAUGGGAAGAGCAACAAACGUCUGUCAUUGGACCUCACUUCCAAUGGUUCUUCUCGCAGUGUCUGUAAGACCAUGUCUGACUCAUCCAGCUUCUACUCCAAUAAUUUAUCAUAAGUUAUGUCCCACCAACACCAGGAUAACCUUAGGUGUUCAUUCCGUGGUUCGAAACUCUGCUAGGCUGCUUCACCCUUACUAUGGGGUAUUACCAUUUUCUAUCCAUCUUUGUCCUGGCUACAAGUGAAAUCGAUUUUGUUUACAAUUUCAGGGUCUUUUCUGUUCAUUUUGUUACUGAGAGAUGUUUACAUGCUGAGAAGUUUUCUGUCUACAGAUACUUUUUUUUAGUUUUUUGCAAACAUCCAAAACCGUGAAGGAAUAUUCCCAUCUCCUAAAGGGAUGGCAUAUAGCUAGGAUUACCAUUUUUGAUUGGUGGGGGUCAACCUCUGUGACCCCUGUCAACAAUGAGAAAGAAGGGGGUGCAGUAUCAGAAUUGUUUGACUCCUGUACAGCAUCCCUUGGCCAACCGGCUGUGUAGAGAAAUGUUGAACAGCCCCAUUCAAGUAAAUGGAACCCAGCUGUACACUGGACUGCCAGGUCACUAAGAGUGCCUCUGUGAAGGGAAAAACUUUAUUCUCAUGAUCAGUGAUUAUAAAGUGAUGGCAUAUCCCCCCCACUGAUUAUAAAGUGAUGGCAUAUCAUAUCUAUAUACCAACACUUUAUGAGAUGGGGAAACCCCUUUAAGGUCUAGAAGAUACUCACAGCCAAUUGUUAACUAUUUACAUUUCCAUAGACCUCUAUUACAAAAUCCCAACAAAAAAUCUAUAAAUCCUAAUAUUUGCACCUCAGGGAGUGAUCAGUGUUAUUUCAAUACAAUAUCCCCAGAUCUCAUAGCUGGGAAUACCUUAUUUAUUUUACAUUUGGUAGUUAACUUAUUAGUGCUCUCAACAAGUAUCCAAAUAUUGUAAAGCGGAAGCAAAACCUAAGAAGGGGAAAGGCAUUUAACAAAUCGGCCUCCAAAUGUAAAACUUGUGUAAACUGAAAAUGCAGGGGAUAUGUUUGACCUCCAAAGACUUAACCGGAGACCCACAAUGAUGAGAUCAUGGGGUUUCUUCUAGAAUGCUUUUAGAUUGUCUGUGACACUGUAGGUCACAUAUAAUAAAGAUCAUCUGAAGGAAGUUAAACCAUGAACCAACCAUUCCAUACGGUCAGAGACGUCCCUUUUACAAAUUUAUUUUAUGUCUCUUCAAAAAUUCAGGGCAUGAUAAAGUCAACACAGUCAACAAUUUUCAGCCAGAAUAUAGAAUUUCCUGCCCCUAUACCAAGCUUAGGUUAGAUGUACAUUGGGUUCUGAGAAUGGAAAAAUCUUUUAGGGGUGCCUUCAUGGUGACCAUCAAGUUUGAAAUCACUUUCUUAUGUACCUUUACUGUUGCUGUUUGUCAUACAGAAGCCAUAAGAAAAACUUUUUAUGACCUUUUUUUUUAGCAACACCUACAUGGCAGACAGUAGUGUUGAGCGGCAUAGGCCAUAUUCGAAUUCGCGAAUAUUCGCGAAUAUAUGGACGAAUAUUCGUCAUAUAUUCACGAAUAUUCGCAUAUUCGUCAUACUCUCGUUUUAUUUUCGCGCACGCAAAAAUUCGCGCAUGCGAAAAUUAACAUGUGUGUAAAUUCGCAUAUGCGAAAAUUAACAUAUACUAAUUUUCGCAUAUGUGAAUUUCGCAUAUGCGAAUUUUUCGUACGGCAGUCUCACACAGUAGUAUUACAGCCUUCUUUACACCACACAACCUGGAAGCAGAGAGGGGUGAUCACUGUGAUGUGUACUGUGAAGAAAAAAAAAAAAAACGAAUAUUCGUAAUUACGAAUAUAUAGCGCUAUAUUCGCGAAAUUCGUGAAUUCGCGAAUAUGCGAUAUUCGCGAAUAAUAUUCGAAUUGCGAAUAUUCGCGAGCAACACUAGCAGACAGCAUAAAACAUAAUUUUAUGCUUCACAGGUUUGGAAGUUUGAUCCAAAAUGUUCCAAAUGUCAGCUAAAGUGCAGACCAUGCCAAGCUACCUAUGUGCCAAAUUCUAUAAAUAUUUCUGUUGAAUGACUUGUUGGGAUCAUUCGUCUGUAGUGACAUUAGUGGGGUCAGCACAAGGUGUAUAUAAACAGCGCUUAGUGACUGAUGUUACACACUGUCUAAACAAGCAGUUCAGUCCAGAUAUGAAUCACUGCCUCCGCGUAAAAACACUUCAUUUUACAGAUAGGUAGAAAUCCAUUCAUCUUAAAAGUCAGUUUACAAUGAGAUGGGAAAAGCUCAAACCAUAAAAUUAAACACAAUUGAACUCUUUAUAUAAUUUAAUUUGAUUGUUUACUGUCCUGUUUAAUUUGUGGCAUAAUAUUUAUUUCAUCGGAACAGACUAUAGUGACACCUACAGUUUCUAAGAGGUACUACACUUCUUUAAAUAAAAUGUUUCCAUGUUUGUGCAUACCUUGUAAUAAUGGAGCUUAGACAGCAGCAGAAGUCAAUUGGAAAAGAACAGACUAAGAGCUCAAUAAGUUCAUCCUGAACUGACUUUAUACACCUCUGUAUAAAGGUAAGGUAGAUAAUAUAAACCUGAACAAAAAAGUAAGUUUGCUUAGUGACAAAAUAGAAUUUCAAUACAAACAAAGUGCGUAUUUAUUUAAGUUUUUACUUUAAUAAAAAGCCUUGUCCCUACAUCUAAGAGCAUAAGUGUUGUUGGCACCUAAAUAAGAGCUGUAUCAACAUACAAGGGUGGACUGACAAUAAAAGGAUUAGGUUUGUUCCCAAUGGCCAAUGUCCAAGGCAGUGCAUAGAAUUGCUUCUGAUUUUGCUCCAAAGGAUAGUAAAUUUUGGUGUUAAUUUCCACUUGUUUUCCAUGACCCAUCGGUCAAUACCUCCUUCCAUUAAAUUACUAACAAUGCAUUGCUUACCAAUCGAAAAAAGUAAGUCUUUUCUAAGACCUCCAACUAGUGGUCAAAAAUUUUGAAACACAACCAACUUCUUCCCAGUUGAUAGCAAUUAUGUUUUGUUAAAACUUACAAUCAUUUUGGUUGAAAUAGUCCACUUUUUUCAUUAGUAGUUCUAUUGAAAAAUAGUGAUAAAGGGCAUCAUGAAUUACAAAUUAAGGAUUCCUUAUUAUCCGGAGGCCCAGAUUACUUCCAGUCCUCCCCUAAUAGUAUUGUUUCCUGAUGACAGUGUCGUUUGUUACUAAAUGAUGAGGUUUUUUUUUUUAUUGAAUACAUGGGGAACCCGAAGUCCAUCUCUGCGCCUUAUAAUACUACUAUAGUAUUUUGUUUCUAAAAAAUAAAGGCAAGAGAUUCUUUAUGCAUCAAGUGAGUUGUUUUUUUUUAAUAAA